AUGUCGCAAAGGACUUACAACCAGCUGUGGGCUGAUGCCCAGUUAGAGCUGGGUCGUCUGCUGGCUGAGGAGCUGCCUGCUGAGGCCCCUCGACCUGAAAAGGACAGGGUGGUGUUCUUCCAGCGCCUGGCCAAGCUGUAUGUACGGUACCUUCAAAUCUUCAGACAGUUGGAGGAGGUCUAUGACCAGAUCGUCCACCCACAGAAGAGAAGAGUCAUCCGGGCCAUUCUUGAUGGUGUGAUGGGUAGGGUGUUAGAGCUGAAGAAUGAAAUGGUGGAAAAAGAGUUUUCAGAGUACCAUUACAUGGAUGAUGUCCUUCUUGACUUAAAGCUUUUACCUGCGGACCUUGAGAUCCCUAUCCCUCACUAUUUCAUUAGUGAUCGCAGCAAAGAGCUACAAGAGCGAAAGAUGAUGCUGACAGAAAUCCUUAAAGUGGUGGAGGUUACUGGAAGUCCAGAACCUUUAGUGUACAAGGACAUGAGUCAAGAGGAGGCCAUUAAGAUCAUUCAGGUGCUGGAGAGGGCCCGCCAAGGACGCCAGAGGGCAAAGUUGAAUGAAGAAAGCAGAAACAUGAACAGGUUGUACGGAACCAAGGACCCUGGACCAGAUCAAAUUGAGCUGGCUGUGGUCUGCAUUCAAAAGGUGUGGAGAGGCUACAUACAGAGGAAAAGGACAGAUAUUCUCAGAUCUGAAGAAAUGAUUUUCCUGGGAAUGGCAAUGGAUCCAAAAUACCAGGUGCCCUGCCCUGCAGAAAUUACUGCCCAGGCCAAUGAAGCUCUUUCACACCUAAAACAAGAGGAGUAUGAAGAAGACUACCUAAAGUCUGUAGAUGAUGUCACAAAGGAGCUAAGAGAAAUGGAGGGUCAUAACAUCACUAAAACUAUGAAAGAACAAAUCCGACAGUGGUAUAUUGAAUGUCGCGAUGCUACAGGUUCAUUUCCAGACUACCCCGACGUGGAGGAGGGAGGUUCACUGCUCAUUUUUGCAAAUAAAGACCCUCAACAGUUAAGAGAAGAAAUUGCUGCUAAAGAGGAAGAGGAUUCCAACAACAAACCAAAAGGGAAGGAGGAGAAGGACAAGGAACAGAAGAAGGAUAAAGGGAAGAGUGAUGAGGAGGAAGAAGAAGCAGGGUUGAAGAUGCUAUCUUCAGCUUUUCUGCCUGACUUGGUAGUUGGAAACAAAACAUUUGCCGAUAUUUGGCAAACCCGAAACGAGUCACAAAACUUAAGCCAGAGACAUGAGGUAGAGCUGAUCAAGGAACAGAAGAGGAAAGAUAUUGAGGCAGAGAUCCGACUACAGGUAGAUGAGGAGAUGAGACAAGAGCUGGCCGAAUGGAAACUAUCUGUGGAUAAAGACAAGGGGAGUAAAACUAAAGGGAAUGCAAAGAAAAAGAAAGGAUCUAAGAGUGGGAAGAAGAAAAAAAAGGAAAAAGAUUUGACAGCUGAUAGGACGCUUGAGUCUCUUUGUCAGGAGUUGGUGGAACAAGGCUUGUUGAAAAAGGCUGAUAAUGUUAGAAUGCAGGAUUACUUGGGUGACUAUAGCUACCUCGGGACCACCCUGAGGCAAAAUGACAUUGAGCCGAUGCCAUCACUGUCAGAUGUUCGCCAGAUCUUAUCUCUGUAUGCAGUUUUACCACUAGGCUCUCAGGUGGUACAUGAAAAAGCUCCUUUGAUAAAGGCCAUCCUACUGGCAGGACCCUCAGGUGUAGGAAAGAAGAUGUUGAUCCAUGCUAUCUGCCAUGAGACUGGUGCAAACCUGUUUGACCUGUCUCCUCUGAACACAGCAGGGAAGUACCCGGGAAAGAACGGACUCGCCAUGAUGCUCCACAUGGUGUUUAAGGUUGCAAGAUUGUUGCAACCCUCUGUAAUAUGGAUUGAAGAUGCACAAAAAAUGUUCUACAAGAAAGUUCCCAAGGAAGAGAAAGAGUUGGAUCCAAAACGCUUGAAGAAAGACUUGCCUAAGUCUCUGAAGCUGAUCAAAGGGGAGGAUCGUGUUUUAAUAAUUGGAACAACUAAAGAUCCGCAAAGUGCUGACAUCAAGUCUUUGUGUAAAAUGUACAGCAAAAUCAUCCUAAUCCCGAGACCUGACUAUGGCUCUAGAUACAUACUGUGGAGGCAACUCAUCAAAAAACAGGGAGGUGUAAUAACGAAGGCACUGGACCUCAGCUGUCUUGCAAAAAUUUCUGAUGGCUACACACCAGGUCACAUGGUCAAGGUGGUCCAGAGCAUUGUCACCAAGCGUCGCAUCGUACAGCAGGCAAACAGACCACUGACUGCUGAUGAGUUUGUUCCUCCAUUAGCGAAGAUAGAUCCUGUGUUUCAAGAGGAAGAAGAGGCCCUAAAGAACUGGUAUGCUAAGACUCCCCUUGGGAAGAAGAGGAUUAAAGCUGCCACAGGACAGGACGAAGAGGAGGCCCCAGUUAAAAAGAAAGGUGCAAAAAAGAAAGGAAAAAAAUAAGUUUCUUUGAUGUAAACUGAUGAC